AAAACGAUCACUAUGAGUUAUGACAGCGUCUUCGUGAUUGGUGCAACUGGCUAUAUCGGCGGCGCAGUGCUCCACGCACUCCUGACCAACUUCCCCGGAAAAUUCAAGUUCACCGCCCUAGUCCGAAACGAGAAAGACUUCCCCGCGCUCGAGCGGCUCGGCGUGAAGUGUAUCAAAGGCUCGUUCGAGACGCUCGACAUCAUCGAGCACGCAUCGGCAGAAGCGGACAUUGUCGUCAAUGCUGCUAAUGCGGAUGCGCUCGAGAUCGCUCAGGCUGUCGUGAAGGGGAUGGAGAGCCGGGCUAGGGCUGGCAAGGGGCCUAAGCCGGUGCUGCUGCAUACGAGCGGGACGGGCGUCGUUGCUGACCGUGCGAAUGGGGCGUAUACGGAAUAUGCGAAAAAAGAGUGGAACGACGCUAGCGAAGAGGACAUCAAGUCUAUCGACUCCUUCAGGCCGCACCGGAAUGUCGACCUGGCGCUGUUCGAAGCCCACUCCCGAGGACUCAUAAGCGUGCACAUCAUCGCCCCCUCCACGAUCGUCGGUGCGGGUGACGGCCCCGUGCGCACGCUCACGCAACAAGUCCCCUACAUGGUCCAAACUGCUGUGAAGAACCGGACGACGUACUACGUCGGGCCAGGGACGAACGUAUGGCGGAAUGUGGAUAUUCAUGAUCUAGAGGACUUGUACGUGCUCGUCCUCAAGCACGCGCUCGCUACUGCCGCAGAACCGAACGGGAGCCCGUAUGCCAAUUUCUACUUUGGAAGCGUCAACGCCCACUGCUGGGGAGACGUAGCGAGGUUGAUCGCCCCGAUCUUGUAUGCCAAAGGGCUGACGGAUAGCCCGGAGGCGAAGAGCAUCGAGCUUGAUAAGGAACCGCUGUUGAUAUCGACGUCGAUCAACUCUGUUACGAAGGCGGACAGGGGAUUAGCCUUGGGAUGGAAGCCGAUGGGCAGGACCUUGGAGGAAGCGCUUCAGGAGGAUAUUGAUCUCACGCUGGCGCAGUUGUAGGAGAACUGAUACGGGAACGUUGGUUUGUAAGAGUAGCGGUAUUGUUACGCAGUGCAAGGAUUAAUGAAGUAAAGAAUGGAUCAAGUGACAC